AUGCUGUCCCGGACGUUUGUACCUGUGCCGCUGCUUCUAUUGCUAGCUGUACUCUGUUGUCCUCCGUCCCAAGCGGCUCCAUCUCCACCGUCGCCGUCCGUUGAUGCGAUAGCGCAGCCGGACCUUCCUCCGGCCCUCCCUCUGCAUCGCCGCAGCUCCGGCCUUCGGAAACUGUCCACGGCCGACUCGACCAGGACAUGGGCACUAGCCGAGGCAGCACGCGUACGGAAUCGCUACGGUGACCGCCCUGUCCGCAAUGCGAAACGCGUGAAGAGGCAGGACGAGUACGGCCGCGGUCUUCAUGCGAGGCUCGAUUCGCCGAUCAGUGUCGCUGGUUAUGGAACGGCCGGAUCAACCACGAGCACGAGUUCAACACCGACCGCGACCAGUGGCACUGUGACUAGAAGGGCCUCUACGAGCACUACGGCUACAACGGGCCUUGCGUUACCGACAGCACCUGUUGGGCAGGUCCGGAUAUGGAAUUACGAUGCCGAUCUGUAGGUCUUCGCGUGCUUGGCCCCAGAACUCGUCGCCCGUCUCGAGGUUUCUGAUCCGGCCGUCCUCGGACUUAUUCGCAGGGCAUACUUUGCAUCAGUCGGCAUUGGGUCGCCUGCGCAAUUCAUGAACGUUCUCCUUGACACAGGGUAAGUGCGGACGUAGUGGCACGUCGCUCCGGGUGGGGCUGACUUCCGUCGCUUAUCGCUCUCGUCAGAUCUGCCGACUUGUGGAUCACUGGCAACGGCUGCACCAACACCACCGGAUGCGUUUCGAACCCUCUGCUGAACGAGACGGCGUCAGCUAGCUCGAUCGACAUGUCCACGUCUUUUACCGUCAAGUACGGAUCUGGGUCUGCAGCGGGCGAUCUCUACAGAGACAACGUCGGGUUCGCGGGAUACAAUGUCAGCAAUCAGACGUUCGCCGUCGUCCACACAAUCACAAACGACCUCUUGAGCGGCAACAUGUUGGGCCUGCUGGGUGAGCCAGGGAAGUACUGAAUUAAUCUCGGCAGUGUUGCUGAUCAGUCUUCGUCACGCGCCUACGUCUCACAGGUCUCGGCUGGCAGCCACUGGCGGCAUCGGGCGCCACACCUUUCUGGGAGAAUCUCAACAAUGCCGGCGUACUGCCCUUCCCUGGCUUUGCCGUACAGCUCACCCGUUUCGUCAACGUCUCUUCAGCAAAGACUGUGGAACCGGGGGGACUCUUGACGUUUGGAUACCUCAACACAUCGCUGUACCGCGGCGACAUCCAUUAUACGAGCAUCCCCUCGGGUAUGCAGAGCUACUGGGUCAUCCCGAUGGCAGCGGUCUCUAUCAGCGGGGUGAACGUCACCUUGUCGACGGAUGCCCAGCCGCUGGUCGCGAUCGAUACGGGAACGACCUUGAUCGGUGGACCUCAAAGCGUCGUCAGUCAGGUCUACGCCGGUAUCCCAGGGGCGCAGGCCGCGACGGGGCAAUACGCAGGUGAGCCCCCCGCGCAUAGGGAUCUUGAGCCCCAGAAUGAUGUAACACUCACAUUACCAUCUCGAUGAACGCAGGUUACUAUUCGUACCCUUGUGCGAGCAAGAUUAAUGUCAGCCUGACCUUUGGGAACAACUCAUGGCCCAUCGCCUCGGACGACUUCAACCUCGGGCCUUUCGGCACGACCAACAACGUUUCGACAUGCUUGGGCGCAUUCUUUGACCUGAGUCUGACUUCGACGAGCAAAAUCAGCUGGGUCGUAAGUCAGCCGUGGUGGGCCAGUGUCUCAUAGCGAAACUUAUUGACUGAUCUGCGAUUUCUGUGAACGCUGAAACAGAUCGGGGCCGCUUUCCUCAAGAACGUCUUCUCCGUCUACCGGGCGAGCCCACCCUCGGUCGGCUUUGCGCUGCUGUCGAAUGGCUCGCCACCUACUUCGUCCUCCAACUCGAGCUCGAACUCCACGCGUAGUGACGGCAACCUGACCCAGAUCCCGGCUGGAAUUUACGGACCCGUCGGCGGCACGUCGAUGUCGUCUAGUUCGUCGCCGACCGCUCCACCCGCCGAACAGGUCAUCACCACCGCCAUUCAAGCGGGACAGACCAGCAGUCGGGGAGGGACAUCUGCUGCGCUAUCAAUGAAAACAGUAAGGCUACGCAAGGAGAUGUGGCUCGCACCGUGUUUGGUUCUCAUUUCUACGGUUGCCGGGUGGUCUGUCCUGCUGUGA